AUGUCAUAUCUAAACAGUAUAAAUUAUAAUCUUAGCAAAAUAGAUGAUAAAUAUGUUUUUCGUAUUUGCUCACAUUGCAAUCAAAUUCAGAGAUCAAUUUACUGGUGUAAAGUCUGUUCUUAUGAUUUCAGAAAAAGCACUUUUGAUAAAGCGAUCAAUCAAUAUAUAACAGGGAACCAAAAAAUCGGGUCGAAUUGGUAUGAAAAUAAAGAUUGGAUUACGUAUACUCAAUUUGUUGAAGAUGAGUUCUCGGACGAUGGCAGCGAAGACGAUUAUCAAGAAGAUGAAUAUGAACUCGACUACGAUUUCGAUGAUCGUGCAAAGACAAUAUUGAGUCUUCGAGAACAAGCUCGUCACUUUAGUUAUUGCAAAAAGUGCACGACGCCAAAUUCUAGCUACGAUUGGUGUAAUGUUUGCAAUAGAAAAAUUUUAGAGACCAACUUCGCCCAAUGGAAUGGCGGCGACAAUAAUAUUAACGAAUUUAUUCGAGAAACACAAAGAAAGGCGAACAAACAUCUCAACUAUAUAGAAUGGGUAGAAUUUGAUUUAAUCAUCGAUCUGAAAUUUUUGGCUAAAGGCGGAUUUGACUCACAUCUUCGCAUAUUCGGCAUUACUUGCGAUCCCAAUAGCCUCGAAUACAUGAUGGUUCUUAAAUUCGCAAAAGGAGGAGAUUUGCAUUCUAUUCUUCAUCAAAACAAUAGAAAAAUUUCAUGGAGAGACAGAAUUGAGCUGCUUUUCGGAAUAUCACGACAGCUACGUACCAUACACGAUAAGGAUGUUAUUCAUCGAGAUUUACACCCAGGAAAUAUUCUUUUCGACAGUAAGUUUUAUGAACGUGAUUUCUUUAGACGGAUUUAUAUUGCUGAUCUAGGACUUGCCAGACCUUGUGAUCGAAUGCAUACAACGGAAAAACACACUUAUGGAGUAAUGCCAUACAUAGCACCCGAGAUUUUUCGAUUUCAACAACAUUCAAAGGCUUCCGAUAUUUAUGCUAUUGGUAUCCUUAUGUGGGCGCUGAGUGCGCCUGGUCAAGAUCCUUAUGACAGAAACUUAUAUGCUCCGAAUCAGCAAUUACACUUUAUAAUGUCAAUUUGUGAUGGUAAACGACCAAAAAUUAAUAAUAAAACUACGCCGAAACCAUGGAUUGAUUUGAUGACAAAAUGCUGGGCAAGCAAUCCGGAAGAUCGUCCUACAACAAAGGAAUUAUCCGAGACAGCCGAAAAUUGGUUUUUUUUCAAAAAAAAUGAUGAAGAAUUUAAUGUCGCUGAUGUUGACAAUCCGCUAGCUCCUAAUGAAAGUUCUUAUGGCGAGAAGGAGCGUAGUGUAUUUAUUUCCCUUAUUCAAAAUAAAAAUAGCGAUAACAAUAACAGGAUCCAAGCACAAUAUACCGCAUCUCAUGGAUAUACUGAUGCGUUUGAUUAA